AAAAGUUAAUGUCAUUUCAAAACUCCGCCCUCGCCGCUUCUCUCCUCCUUUAAGAACCCAAAGGUCCCGUCCCAAGUUCCCAACUGGAAACGAUCGCCAUUGUGUGUUCUUCACUUCAUCCAUGGCGACAACGCAUCAUCGUCAACUCCCUUGCGAUGGGGAUGAUAUUUGUAUGUUGUGCAGGGAAAAGCCUGCGGAUGACGAUAAGCUUAUAUGUAAUACGUGCGCUACUCCAUGGCAUCUUCGAUGUCUCUCUGUUCGUCCGGAAACCCUAGCUUCCGCUCUCCAGUGGGAGUGUCCCGACUGUGCUCCGGCCGCAGACGAUGUUUCGGCUCCUACUGUUGGAGUUCCCUUAGCAUCUGCCGUGUCUGAGCCGUCUAGCGAUUUGAUCGCUUCGAUUCGAGCAAUUGAGGCCGAUGAAUCUCUAACGGCAGAGGAGAAAGCGAGAAAACGGCAGGAGCUCAUGACCAGAGGCUGUCGAUCGCCGGAUCUCGAUGAUGCCAAGUUGAAAAAGAAGAGGAAGACGAACGAUGUCCUCGGCGUCCUAGACGAAAGCUUAAACUGCUCGUUUUGUAUGCAGUUGCUCGAUAGACCAGUUACGACCCCCUGUGGCCACAAUUUCUGCUUGAAGUGCUUCCAGAGAUGGGUGGGUCAGGGAAAGCGUACCUGUGUGAAGUGUCGUCGGACCAUCCCCGACAAGAUGGCGAGUCAACCUCGUAUUAACUCAGCGCUUGUCGUUGCCAUUCGUAUGGCUAAAGUGUCAAAUUUGACAGAUCAAACUGGACCGCAGAAGGUCUACCAUUUUGUACACAACCAAGAUCGACCUGAUAAGGCAUUUACUACAGAGAGGGCUAAGAAGACUGGAAAGGCUAAUGCAUGCAGUGGGAAGAUAUUUGUUACGGUGCCGCCUGAUCAUUUUGGACCAAUCCUUGCAGAGAAUGAUCCCAUCAGGAAGCAAGGUGUGUUGGUUGGGGAAUCUUGGGAGGACCGUAUGGAAUGCCGGCAAUGGGGGGCCCACCUUCCGCAUGUUGCAGGGAUUGCCGGCCAAGCGGAUUAUGGUGCUCAGUCAGUGGCACUUUCCGGGGGCUACGAAGAUGAUGAAGAUCAUGGGGAGUGGUUCCUCUACACGGGGAGUGGGGGUAGAGACUUGAGUGGAAAUAAGCGCACGAACAAGCUGCAAUCCUUUGAUCAGGAGUUCAAAAGUAUGAACGAGUCUCUUCGUGUUAGCUGCAAGAGAGGAUACCCAGUUCGAGUGGUGAGGUCUCACAAAGAGAAACGAUCAUCUUAUGCCCCAGAAACUGGGGUGCGGUAUGAUGGUGUUUAUAGGAUUGAAAAAUGUUGGCGUAAGGUUGGAAUUCAGGGUAAGAAGGUUUGCAGGUAUCUGUUUGUUCGAUGUGACAAUGAACCUGCACCGUGGACAAGUGAUGAGCAUGGAGACUGCCCAAGACCUCUUCCUUCAAUUCCUGAACUUAAGAAGGCAACGGAUGUAACGGAAAGGAAAGAAAGCCCAAAUUGGGAUUAUGAUGAGGAGGAUAAUAGUUGGAAAUGGAAGAAGCCACCACCUUCCAGCAGGAAAAAACAAGUGGCCACAGGAACUCCAGGGGAAAUAAAGAUGAUGAGGGCUGCUAUUAGACAGGCAAAAAGAAUGUCGGCAAAGGAGAAGCUCCUAAAAGAAUUCAGCUGCCUGAUAUGUAGGAAUGUGAUGACUCUUCCGCUUACAACUCCUUGUGCUCAUAAUUUCUGCAAGCCUUGCUUGGAGAAUGUCUUCAUUGGUCAGACUUUUGUAAAGGAGAGGACCUGUGAGGGUAGACGGACACUUAGGGCACGGAAGAAUAUCAUGAAAUGCCCAACUUGCUCAAAUGACAUCUCGGAUUUCCUUCAAAACCCACAGGUCAAUAGAGACGUUAUGAAUGUCAUAGAGACUCUAAAAAAUAAGAGUAAUGAGGAGGCGUCCAAAAAUGCUGAGGAAUCAUGUGAUGAAGCUGAAGAAUGCAGUGAAGAAUGUAGUCUUGCUGGGAACUCUACUGUUGGGUCGAUAGAUGAAAUGUGCAAUGACGAAACUAAUGUCAUUGAAGAUUCAUCCGAUGAUGUGGAAGGUGUACAGGAAAAACAAAAAUGGACUUGCAAGCAAAAGAAUGCUGAUGGUGGGGAUUGCUCAAAGGUUACUGAAAAGGUUGAGACUGGCAUAAUAAUAUCUGGAGAGAUUCCUGAUGCUGUGAAUGUACAUACUGAAAUUUGUGCUGGUCUGGUUGAAACAUCAACAGAUGUUGGAGAAGAUUCGCAGGCUUUUGGGGUUGAGAGAACACCUAAGCGGAGCAAUAAGCGAAAGAAAGCUGAUGAAGGAAAUGACAUAUCGAAGCAGAAUGUUAGGGUCACCAGAGGACGGAAAGCUAGAGAGGAGGUGGUUGAUGAAGGAAAUGAUUCACCAUCAAGUCCUCUUAAUGUUCGAUCUGAUGAUGGUGAUGACUUUGAAUGACCUUCAUUGUUGUGGGUGAAAACAUUUAACUAUUUUUGACAGCGGAAGUUCUUCCAUGAUAAGUUGGAAGACCCUUCACUAUAACUGGAACUAGCAACAGCUGAUUGAUGCCUUCUUAUUUUUCCCUCCAAAGAACACUGGAGGGAUUUGCCAUUCUGGCUGCUGUUGCUACUGCUGCUUUGGCAUUUCUUUCAUCUAUGUAGAACUUGAAUGGAUAAUGAUGCUAAGAAGCAGUUUAUAUAAUUUCUCAAAUUUCAGAUACAAUGUUUUUUGUGUGAAAAAAAUGCUAUAAUAUAUACUUAUUAUUUGUCA